AUGGCAAACAGUCAAAAGUGCUCUAUUGGAAUCAACCUAGAAAGUGAAUGUCAUCUUACAACAUAUACAUCGUUGCUGGGAAUCAAACCUUUUGAAGAUAUUAUUGAAUAUGAAAGAGAAAUAUUAAUGUGGAGGACUGGGCUCUCAAUAAUAAAUAUCAAACCAACAACUUGUCUCCAUCAUAAACAUGUUUAUUUGAAGCGUUAUACAAAUAAAUUAACACGGUGCUGCAAUCCAUUUAAUACUCAUAACAAAACUAUAAAAGGUAGUCUUCGUGAAAUCAACUUGGAUACAGCAAAAUACCUAUGCAGUAAAGGCAAAUUCGUAGUUCCAGGUGAAAAACUUUGUACACAAUGCAGGCAUAAAUUAGCAAGUGAAGAAUCAGAAGAGAACGAGUUGGAGAUGAAAUUACCUGAAGAUAAUAUGGAAAAAGAUCUUAUACUGGAAUCAACAAGAUCGUUGCUCAACAGUACUUCAUGCGAACUUGAAGUGUCUCCUUUAAAAGUUCAUUUACCCAAAACCUCUAACAAGCCUUAACUUGGAAAGAGAAAGAUAAAGCAAGUUGAAGAAGCAGUUAUUAAGAAGCUUGCAACUGCUCUGGAUAUAACCGAAUCCGAUCUUGUUGCACCAAAAAAUGAAGUUCUAAAGGAAAUUCAAACCAAAGCUGGCAAUCUAGACUUCCUUGUAAAAUGCAUGAAAGAAAAACUUAAGGUUUCUAACAGGAGACAGCAACUUCAAAUUUUGACAUUAACCCCAAAAUCUUGGUCUAUCAGAAAAGCAGCAAAAGAGUUUUCAGUUUCUAAACACAAAAUUCAAAAUGCAAAGUUUUUACGCGACCAAAAAGGCAUCAUAGCAUACCCUGAUGUGGUUGAACGGCAUCGAAUCGGUAAAGAUGUUAUAGAACUUGUAAAGCUUUUUUACUGUGACGAUGAGUAUUCAAGGCAAAUGCCAGGUAAAAAAGACUGUGUAAGUGUU